GAGCGCGGCGAGCGGGUUCCAAGAGGCUGCAGGCGGCCUGGGCUGCCGGGGCCGACGCCUGGGUGGCUGCCGCCGCCGCCGCCGCCGCCGCCGCCGCGCCUGCUGCGAGAUGGCGAUCUUGGGCGCGGAAGGGUGAGGGCGCCCCGCCGCUGGAGUGGCCGCCCGACCGCCGGGAGCCGACGGCUUUGCGCCGGGUUUGUCUCCUCACUAGACUAUGAGCUCCUUGAAAGAAGGAAUCGUGUCUUACUCAUCUUUAUAUCCCCAGUGUCUAGCACAGUUCCUGGUACAUAGCUUAAGCUGAAUAUUGGGACAUGGCCACUGCUUCACCACGGUCUGAUACUAGUAAUAACCACAGUGGAAGGUCACAGUUACAGGUAACUGUUUCUAGUGCCAAACUAAAAAGAAAAAAGAACUGGUUUGGAACAGCAAUAUAUACAGAAGUAGUUGUAGAUGGAGAAAUUAAGAAAACAGCAAAAUCCAGUAGUUCUUCCAAUCCAAAAUGGGAUGAACAGAUAACCGUAAAUGUGACCCCACAGACUACGUUGGAAUUUCGAGUUUGGAGUCAUUAUACUUUAAAAGCAGAUGCUUUAUUAGGAAGAGCAACAAUAGAUCUGAAACAAGCUCUGUUAAUGCACAAUAGAAAAUUGGAAAGAGUAAAAGAACAAUUAAAACUUUCUUUGGAAAACAAGAAUGGCAUAGUCCAAACUGGUGAAUUAACAGUUGUGCUCGAUGGACUGACGAUUGAACAAGAAAAUCUAACAAACUGCAGCUCAUCUCCAACCAUAGAAAUACAGCAAAAUGGUGAUGCCUUACAUGAAAAUGGAGAGCCUUCAGCAAGACCAACCUCCAGGUUGGCUGUUGAAGGUACCAAUGGAAUAGAUAAUCAUGUACCCACAAGCACUCUAGCUCAAAACGCAUGCUGUUCAUAUGUAGUUAAUGGAGACAACACGCCUUCAUCUCCGUCUCAGGUUGCUGCCAGACCCAAAAAUGCACCAGCUCCAAAACCACUCACAUCUGAGCCUGCCAAUGACACUGUUAAUGGAGAAUCAUCCUCAUCUGCACCAACUGAUAAUGCUUCCGUAAUGGGUACUGCAAUAGUAUCUGAAGAAACCGCCUUGUCUUCAAAUUGCACUAAUACUACUGUUGAAGAUCCUCCAGUUCAAGAAAUACUGGCUUCCUCAGAAAACAAUGAAUGUAUUCUUUCUAACAGUGCAGCAUUUGGAUCUGAAGCUAGAAGUACUUUAGACCCUGCUGCCUCUAAUUCUGGAAAUAAUUCUGCUUUUGAGGCAGCCAAAUUAAGACAGCCAGAUGGGUGUGUGGAACCUGUACGGCAACAGUCUGGAAAUACCAGCACAGAAACUUUGCCAUCAGGGUGGGAACAGAGAAAAGAUCCUCAUGGUAGAACUUAUUAUGUGGAUCAUAACACUCGAACGACUACAUGGGAGAGGCCUCAACCUUUACCUCCAGGUUGGGAAAGAAGAGUUGAUGAUCGUGGCAGAGUUUAUUAUGUGGAUCAUAACACCAGAACAACGACCUGGCAGCGGCCUACCAUGGAGUCUGUUAGAAACUUUGAGCAAUGGCAGUCUCAGCGGAAUCAGCUGCAGGGAGCUAUGCAACAGUUCAACCAGCGAUACCUCUAUUCGGCUUCAAUGUUAGCUGCAGAAAAUGACCCAUACGGGCCUUUGCCACCAGGCUGGGAAAAAAGAGUGGAUUCAACCGACAGGGUUUACUUUGUGAAUCAUAACACAAAAACAACCCAGUGGGAAGAUCCAAGAACUCAAGGCUUACAGAAUGAAGAACCCCUGCCAGAAGGCUGGGAAAUUAGGUAUACUCGGGAAGGUGUUAGGUACUUUGUUGAUCAUAAUACAAGAACAACAACAUUCAAAGAUCCUCGCAAUGGAAAAUCAUCCGUAACUAAAGGUGGUCCACAGAUUGCUUAUGAACGCAGCUUUAGAUGGAAACUUGCUCACUUCCGUUAUUUGUGCCAGUCUAAUGCACUACCCAGUCACGUAAAGAUCAAUGUGUCCCGGCAGACACUGUUCGAAGAUUCCUUCCAACAGAUUAUGGCAUUAAAACCCUAUGACUUGAGAAGGCGAUUAUAUGUAAUAUUUAGAGGAGAAGAAGGACUUGAUUAUGGUGGUCUAGCAAGAGAAUGGUUUUUCUUGCUUUCACAUGAAGUUUUGAACCCCAUGUAUUGCUUAUUUGAGUAUGCUGGCAAGAACAACUAUUGUCUACAAAUAAAUCCAGCAUCAACCAUUAAUCCAGACCAUCUCUCAUACUUCUGUUUUAUUGGUCGCUUUAUUGCUAUGGCACUUUUUCAUGGGAAGUUUAUUGAUACUGGUUUCUCUUUACCAUUCUACAAGCGUAUGCUAAGUAAAAAACUGACUAUUAAGGAUUUGGAAUCUAUUGAUACUGAAUUUUAUAACUCCCUUAUCUGGAUAAGAGACAACAACAUUGAAGAAUGUGGCUUAGAAAUGUACUUUUCUGUUGACAUGGAAAUUUUGGGAAAGGUUACUUCACAUGACCUGAAGCUGGGAGGUUCCAAUAUCCUGGUGACUGAGGAGAACAAAGAUGAAUAUAUUGGUUUAAUGACAGAGUGGCGUUUUUCUCGAGGAGUGCAGGAACAGACCAAAGCUUUCCUUGAUGGUUUCAAUGAAGUUGUCCCUCUUCAGUGGCUUCAGUACUUUGAUGAAAAAGAAUUGGAGGUUAUGUUGUGUGGCAUGCAGGAAGUUGAUUUGGCAGAUUGGCAGAGAAAUACUGUUUAUCGACAUUAUACAAGAAACAGCAAGCAAAUCAUUUGGUUUUGGCAGUUUGUGAAGGAGACAGACAAUGAAGUGAGGAUGCGACUAUUACAGUUUGUCACUGGAACCUGCCGGUUACCUCUAGGAGGAUUUGCUGAGCUCAUGGGAAGUAAUGGGCCUCAAAAAUUUUGCAUUGAAAAAGUUGGCAAAGACACCUGGUUACCAAGAAGCCACACAUGUUUUAAUCGCUUGGAUCUACCACCAUAUAAGAGUUAUGAACAACUAAAGGAAAAACUUCUUUUUGCAAUAGAAGAGACAGAGGGAUUUGGACAAGAAUGAAUGUGGCUUCUUGUCUUGGAGGAGCUCUUGCAUUUAAAUACCCCAGCCAAGAAAAAUUGCACAGAUAGUGUAUAUAAUCUGUUCAUUCUGUACAGUGAAUUUUCUGAACCUCUCAAAGUAUAAAUGUUUUCCGUUCUUCCACAGAAAUAUGCAAAACAGUCCAUCCUUUUCUACUUUAUUUAUUGUUCCCUUGAAGUGACUGACCAGGAAAAAGACCAUCCUUAAAUUUUGAAGCAAGCAAGAGACUUUAUUAAAAAUAAGUAUAUAUCUAUAUAAGCAUAUAUGAUUGUGGCUCUAGUUUUAUAGAGCUCCGAGUAUAUUAAGCAGGACAGCCGUUCAUUCAGAAAUAAUCUGGAUUUGCUUUACCUUGUUUCUAUUAUCCAGAGGACAAAGUACAAAUUGCUUCAUGACCUUCUCCCUUAUGUAACACCUCCUGCGGGUGUUUACUUUGCAUGGCUGUUCAGGAAGGUAUUAAGGGCUUAGGCCACAUCUUACUUUGAGUAUGUUAAAAAAAAAAAAAUGCUGCUGGCUUUUCUGAAGACAGGCAUUUGGACCUGUCCAUUUGUUUUAAAUAAAUACAAUAGUUGAAAAUUUUCCCUCUUUGCUACAUCACUAACAAAGUAAUGAAUGAAACCAUAAAGCACAUGUAAGUCGUACACUAGAUCCAAUGCCAUUUAGUUCAUUCUAGAGAUUGCAAAGAAUUCAUGAAGCAGCAAAGAGGCUUGUUUACAUGUUACUUUGGGAUGCUAGGUAUUUGUGGAGUCAAAAAAUCAGGUACUCAUGUACUUUUAAGUCUGUGAUGUUCUUUAAUUCAGAAUAAAUUGACGCAGUUUGAUACUUAGGAACAUAUAAUAAGGUAAUAUGAAUGAACAUUUUCGCUUUUGCGUUGAGUUUUGGUUUUAUAAAACCAGAUGGACUGAGGAGUUGUAUAAGCAUUUGAACACUCAAAUUUAUUUUCUAUUAGUGUUCAUAUAUCUUCAUUCCUCUUAAAUUCAUGAAAAGUUUAUGAUCUGAAUUAUACAAGCAUAUUAAAAGAUCUCUUGGUCCCAGCCCCCUUUUUACAUAGAUCAUUAUUUUUGUCCUAAUAACUUUUUAAUUUUUCAUUAUCAAGGGCAUUUGCUGAAUUACAAAGAUAUAUAACAAAUUAAAAUCUGGUGUGAAUGUUAUUAAUGCUAUUUUAGCAAAUUGGGCUUCCUUGUUAAUAACAAAAAUUUAAAUUUCCAUUUAUAUCAUUUCAAUAUGCAGUGUAAAUUUCGGUAAGUUAAAAAAAUUUUUAUAACCAUGAACAGACAUCUUAAAAUGUUUUCUGUAACAUAUUUGACUAAGUACAUGUGGAAAAUACUAGUAUACAAUUUCCCUAAACAGUUUUUGUUUUGCCAAAAUUUUAUUUUUCUACAUAUUAGAUUGUGUUCUGCACUUCUAUUCAAAGUUCGUAGUAAAGAUGAAAUAAAGGCAGUGAUCCACUA